UGCCCGCCCCCUCCCCCGCCCCUCUCUCCUCCUUCCUCAGGCAUUGUGAGCAGCAGCAGCACCGGUGGUGGCUGCUCGGGCUAGCUGUGCUGCGGCGUUCCCCUGCUGUCGGAUACCCGGGAGACGCGCUGCAGCUGCCCCCGAUCGCUGGCCGCAUGCUGUGCCCGUGCAUUGUCCUGCAAACAGCCGAGCCGUGCGGCGCCGGGGGGGAUGUCUGGAAAUGUAGUCAGCUAUCUGACUGUGUGGUGAUGACUUCCAGGUGUAUAAGGAAGCUGGUCUACACGGAGCAUUGAGACACCAUGACAGUGUUUAGACAGGAAAACCUGGAGGAUUAUUAUGAGAUUGGAGAAGAACUUGGAAGCGGUCAGUUUGCAGUGGUGAAGAAAUGCCAGGAAAAAAGCUCGGGCGUGCAGUAUGCUGCAAAAUUCAUCAAGAAGAGGCGAACCAAAUCCAGCCGCCGUGGGGUGACCCGGGAGGAUAUCGAGAGGGAGGUCAGCAUACUGAAAGAAAUCCAACAUCCUAAUGUGAUCACGUUGCAUGAGGUGUACGAGAACAAAACAGAUGUCAUUCUCAUUCUAGAGCUUGUUGCAGGUGGGGAGCUAUUUGAUUUUCUUGCCGAGAAGGAAUCGCUGACUGAAGAGGAAGCCACAGAAUUUCUCAAACAGAUCCUGAAUGGUGUCCAUUACCUUCACUCGCUGCAAAUUGCUCACUUUGAUCUCAAGCCGGAGAACAUCAUGCUUUUAGACAGGAAUAUGCCUAAACCUCGCAUUAAAAUUAUUGACUUUGGCCUAGCUCACAAAAUUGAUUCAGGAAAUGAAUUCAAAAAUAUAUUUGGAACUCCUGAAUUUGUUGCUCCUGAAAUCGUGAACUAUGAGCCACUUGGUCUGGAGUCAGAUAUGUGGAGUAUUGGAGUAAUAACAUAUAUUCUUUUAAGUGGUGCAUCUCCAUUUCUCGGCGAGACCAAACAAGAGACUUUGGCCAACAUAUCUGCCGUUAACUAUGAGUUUGAAGAUGAGUUUUUCAGUAACACAAGCAACCUUGCAAAAGAUUUUAUUCGUCAGCUUCUUGUCAAGGAUCCAAAGAAGAGAAUGACGAUACAAGAUAGUUUACAUCACCCAUGGAUUAAGCCUAAAGAUACACAACAAGCGCUAAGCCGAAAAGCCUCAGCAGUGAACAUGGAAAAAUUCAAGAAGUUUGCUGCACGUAGAAAAUGGAAACAAUCUGUUCGCUUAAUAUCCCUGUGCCAAAGACUAUCAAGAUCUUUCUUAUCAAGGAGCAACAUGAGUAUUGCUAGAAGUGAUGACACUUUGGAUGAAGAAGAUUCUUUUGUUAUGAAAGCCAUCAUCCACGCUAUAAAUGAUGACAAUGUGCCUGGAUUGCAGCACCUUCUUGGGUCUUUGACAAAUUACGAUGUAAAUCAACCAAACAAGCAUGGCACACCCCCGUUAUUAAUUGCUGCUGGCUGUGGAAAUAUUCAAAUGCUGGAGUUGUUAAUUAGACGUGGAGCGCACAUCGAUGUGCAGGAUAAGGCUGGAUCCAAUGCACUUUAUUGGGCCUCUAGGCACGGCCAUGUGGAGACUUUAAAAUUCCUCCAUCAGAACAAAUGUCCUCUGGAUGUUAAAGAUAAGUCUGGAGAAACCGCACUACAUGUGGCUGCUCGCUAUGGCCAUGUGGAGGUCAUACAGUACCUGUGUAGCAUCGGAUCACAUCCAGAUAUUCAGGAUAAGGAAGAUGAAACCCCUCUGCACUGUGCCGCUUGGCAUGGUUAUUAUCCUGUGGCAAUAGCUCUGUGCCGUGCUGGCUGCAGUGUUAACAUUCGCAACAGAGAAGGAGAGACUCCCCUCCUGACGGCUUCAGCGAGAGGCUACCAUGAUAUUGUGGAAUGCUUGACUGAACACGGAGCUGACCUUGAUGCAACCGACAAGGAUGGACACAUAGCCCUGCACCUUGCUGUCAGAAGAUGUCAGCUGGAAGUACUCAAAACCUUGAUCAGUGUGGGGUGCUAUGUAGACUUCCAGGAUCGCCAUGGUAACACACCUUUGCAUGUUGCCUGCAAAGAUGGCAAUAUUCCUAUUGUAAUGGCACUGUGUGAAGCGAACUGUAACUUGGACAUUACUAACAAGUAUGGCCGUACUCCUUUACACCUCGCAGCAAAUAAUGGUAUUCUAGAAGUUGUUCGCUAUCUCUGCCUGUCUGGUGCCAACGUGGAAGCAUUGACUGUGGAUGGUAAAACGGCAGAAGAUCUCGCCAAGGUGGAACAGCACGAGCCUGUUGUCAGUUUGCUAGCAAGACUUCGUAAGGACACACAUCGAAGUCUAUUUAUUCAGCAGCUGAGACCUACCCAAAGCCCACAGCCAAGGAUAAAGAUGAAGUUAUUUGGACAUGUCGGGUCCGGGAAGACUACACUUGUGGAGUCCCUGAAAUGUGGGCUUAUUCGCAGUUUUUUCAGGAGGCGCAGGCCGCGGCUUUCAUCCACUAAUUCAACACGCUUUCCUCCAUCCCCACUGUCUUCCAAAACCUCAGUAUCAGUGAGCAUCUGUGACUUAUAUCCCGGCUGUGAAAAUGUCAGUGUGAGGAGUCGGAGCAUGAUGUUCGAGCCGGGUCUGACUAAAGGAGUACUGGAAGUCUUUGUUUCACCAUCCCAUCACCCUCACUGCUCUGUGGAUGACCAGUCCACCAAAGCUAUUGACAUCCAAAAUGCCAAUCUUAAUGGUGUUGGAGACAUCAGUGUUUGGGAAUUUUCAGGAAACCCCACAUAUUACUGCACCUAUGAUUAUUUUGCUGCAAAUGAUCCCACAUCAGUUCACAUUGUUGUUUUCAGCCUGGAAGAACCAUAUGAAAUUCAGUUAAAUCAAGUGAUCUUCUGGCUCAAUUUUCUGAAAUCCCUUGUUCCCGUGGAGGAGCCAAUAGCUUAUGGAGGAAAGCUAAAGAAUCUCCUACGGGUGGUCCUGGUCGCCACUCACGCGGAUAUUGUGAACCUCCCUCGUCCCGCUGGAGGAGAAUUCGGAUAUGACAAAGCUGGGUCGCUGCUGAAAGAAAUUAGAAAUAGAUUUGGCAACGACCUUCAGAUUUCAGACAGGCUCUCUGUGUUGGAUGCUGGUGCAUCUGGUUCCAAAGAUAUGAAGCUUCUGCGCAAUCACCUGCAGGACCUAAGAAGCCAGCUCGUUUCGGCUUGUCCACUAAUGACACCUUUAUGUGAGAAGAUUAUUUCAGUCCUUCCGUCGUGGAGAAAGCAAAAUGGCCCCAAUCAGUUGCUUUCAUUCCAACAAUUUGUCUAUGAUGUGCAGGAACAGCUGAAUCCACUGGCCACUGAGGAUGAUGUCCGGAAUCUCGCACAGCAACUGCACAGUAUGGGAGAGAUCAACAUCAUGCAGAGUGAAACUGUCCAAGAUGUGGUACUCUUAGACCCACGGUGGCUGUGUUCCAAUGUCCUUGGGAAACUGCUGUCUGUUGAGAACCCAAAAGCCCUACACCAUUAUAGAGGGAGAUACACCAUGGAGGAUAUACAGCGCUUGGUCUCAGACAGCGAUGUGGAUGAGCUUGUACAGAUGUUGGAUGCCAUGGAUAUUUGUGCUAGAGACCUAAGCAGUGGGACAAUGGUGGAUAUCCCCGCUCUUAUUAAGACUGAUAAUCUGCACAGGUCAUGGACUGAUGAAGAGGAAGACAUCCUGAUUUAUGGAGGUGUUAGAAUUGUUCCUGUGGAACACCUUACUCCUUUCCCCUGUGGGAUAUUUCAUAAAGUCCAAGUCAAUCUGUGCCGGUGGAUACACCAGCAGAGCACUGAGGGUGAUGCUGAUAUACGUUUGUGGGUGAAUGGCUGUAAGCUAGCAAAUAGAGGGGCAGAAGUGUUGGUGUUGCAGGUCAACAAUGGUCAAGGAAUUGAAGUUCAUGUGAGAGGACUUGAAACUGAGAAAAUUAAGUGUUGUUUACUUCAAGAAUCUAUUUGCAGUAUCAUUGAUAACUUAUUUGCUGCCACACUGCCCGGGCUUUUAACCGUAAAACAUUACCUAAGCCCUCAGCAACUAAGGGAACACCAUGAACCAGUAAUGGUUUACCAACCAAGAGACUUUUUCCGAGCCCAAGCUCAAAAGGAGACUUCGCUGGCGAACACUAUGGCUGGGUACAAGGAAAGCUUUAGCAGCAUAUUAUGCUUUGGAUGUCUGGAGAUUUACUCCCAAGGUAGCCUAGGCAUGGAUCAUCACAUCUCUGAUCUGAAUAUUCUGGUUAAAAGGAAACUAAGCCGCCUUCUAGACUCUCCAGACCCGAUGGGCAAAGACUGGUGUCUUCUGGCUAUGAACUUGGGGCUACCAGAGUUAGUUGCCAAAUAUAAUGCUAGCAGUGCGACACAGAAAGAUUUCCUCCCAAGUCCGGUCUGUGCUCUUCUGCAGGAACUGGGGAAUGCUGCUGAUAGCACUGUAGCAAUUUUAAUGUCAAAAUUGAGGGAACUUGGGCGGCGGGAUGCAGCAGAUUUUUUACUCAAGUCGUCUUCUGUGUUUAAAGUGAGUUUGGAUGUCCAAGGGCAGGAGGCCUACGCAGCAAGCUGCAACAGCGGCACCUCAUACAAUUCUAUUAGCUCAGUAGUGUCGCGAUGACUGAAUGAUUCAUGAACUUCUAUACUGCAACUCGUGUAAAGAGUUUAGUUCUUAUAUUAUUCUAUUCCUAAGGUAUGAGUUAUAAGUCAUUCAUUUAUAAGCAUUCAAUUUGCGAAUGUUACAUGUCCUAUAAACCUCGUACUUGGUGACCUUUCUACUUUUAAUAAGAAUUUGUUGCCUUUUAUCAUAGAUUUUUAAAGGCUCAUAUGUUGAACUUUUCAAUCCAGACUUCUAUAUGAAUGUGCUGCUAAUUUACUGCCACCCGGAUAAAAGCUGUCCCUUUUAUUUAAAUAUUGGUUAUUUUAUACAUUUUAAUAAUUAAUGGGUACAGCUAUUCAUUUGUAUAAAUAAGGCUGACACUUUCCACCCAUAUUAUUUGCUUAAAAUGAAUAUUCUGCUGUCUUAGUGGAUUGGAAGGCUGGCUGUGAUUCCUCACUCUGGACAGAAGGCAGUCAUGUGAGUGCCUUGCUGGGGAAGGGGACAGAUUGUUGCUGCAGUGUUGCCCUGAAAUGUAUUUAGCUUCAUGUGCUCUACCUCUUCAUCACUGUCUGCAUGAUAAUCAUGACCAGUGUGUCAGUCCCCAUGUAGAACGCACAACAUCUUUCAUUGUAAAACAUAGUUAACAAUACGUACUGUACUGUAGAUCCUUGCAUUCUUUCCAGUGCAGUCUGCAGUGUGACUGUAUGGCUCAGGUACACACUUGAUUUUACCAGUCAAGAACAUAUGUGAAACUUACAUGUCAAAAGUAUUAGAGGCUUCAUCCACCUGGAUUCUUCAGAGAUUGACAGUCAUUUAGAAAAGCUUUAUUUUACAGUUUGUUGCGAGGCCUUCAAAAUGCUCGGGGUUAAAGAAGAACAUAAAAUAAAUUGGUUACAACAUCUCAGGUAUAGGUUCUUACAAGCUUCCAUCUUUUAUGUAAGACUUGUAUCUAAAGGAGUGAAGCAACAAACACCUAUUGCAAUAUUUAUAGACACAACAGGCAUCUUUUUAUUGUUAUUAUCAACAAGGGCGUGUUCAUAGACUUCCUGUACUUGAAACACACACAAGCAGAUCUAUUUACCUUGCUGCCAAUAUUCAAUGGAUUACCCGUUUCAAUUGUGUGCUUUCUUUUGGAGAUGCAUGCGAAGAAUGGAAUAUUUUAUGUUUAUAUACAGGAAUGACAUUCCCAUUUUUAAACUUUUGUUUGUGGAUCAAUUUUAAAACUUGUUUUUAUAUAUGUACAUAUCUGUGAAUAAACAUGUUGCCUGUUGCA